AUGACUAGUGAGACUACAAAAGAAGCGAGUGUACCUUUGGGAGACACAACUUGGCUUUUAGAACCUCUCGCAGCGACUGUGGAGGACCCAAUUCGGCUGCGCAUCGAUAGCUUAACUCAAGGACUUUCAACGAGCAUUCUAAGUGAUAUCUCUGAUUUGCCAAACGAGCUAAAGUCUGCUCCUCGAACUUUGUUGGCUACA